UUUUUUUUUUUUUUUGCCAAGUAAGGCAUGUCCGGUUAAGUUAACGCGUGAAGGGCAGGAUCACGAACCUUAAGCGUGCUAUCUUCCAUUAAAUUAUAAAUUUGAUUUACGUUAAUCUGAUGGAUAGUGAAGGCGUGAGAACUGACCCCCAGCUUCAGCAGUUCAUUGAAACUGAGUCUCAAAAGCAAAGGUUUCAGCAGCUGGUUCACCAAAUGACAGAAGUCUGUUGGGAGAAGUGCAUGGAUAAGCCUGGUCCGAAGCUUGACUCAAGGACAGAAGUGUGUUUUAUAAAUUGUGUUGAACGUUUCAUUGACACAAGCCAGUUCAUCCUCAACAGACUUGAACAAACUCAGAAGACAAGAGACUCAUUCUCAGAGACCAUAACAGACUAGCUGGAACUUUGUUCCCAAACCCCUUGUGAAAUAACUGUCAUUAAACAGUCAAAGAAAACA